AAGAAAAGCCCCUGUCGAAUACCGUAAGCUGCAGUCUGCACGACUGCAAUCCAAAUGCUAAAAAGUGAAUUUUUGUUGUCUUCUGACUACUUUUGUCACAGUCAUUCCUCUUGCCAUCAGUCUAAUACCAUGCGAGAAAUGCGUGCUCGGGCUGUGAUGGAAGGCAAGACUGAGCAUGCAUUUCAGUGCUCUGAGUGGCACGGUCUGUUUAAUCUCAGAUCUCGCAGGAGCCUCGUGUCACAACGUGACGUUCACUCCUAGUACAGUUCUACGCCGACCACACUUAUAUAAGGACUCAUGUCGCCUUCUAUGCGCCUCUUCAUAUUCCACUUCCGCUAGUUGCGCCAUUCACCCCGGCUGUCUAUUGCAAUGUCUGAACUCGACUAUGGGCAACCUCGACUGGGAGACAUUCGUAUUGACACAAGUUUCUCACGUUCCCCCAGUACUACUCGGGAUUUCCUUGGGGAUCCAAUGCCCAGGGACAGAUAUUCCAGGGCAAGCCAUGCAUCGCGUGUGCGAGAUGUUACUUGGAUUUCGGCCUCUCAGCCGUCCCAGUACCCUGCAACCCAAACCCCUCAAACCCCUCAAUGGCAACAUUCCACUCCUAUUAUGCGUCCAGCGCUUCAUACGGCGCAGGCCACUCUAUCAGACUCUGAGUACGAGUAUAUGACUGUUGGCAUCGAAGUCGCAGGUGCCGAUGAGGAGAAUGGAUAUGGGUCUUCAGAAGGACAUGAAAGGAAGCCUCAGGGGAAGAAGACGUUUUACGGCGGAAUCAUGAAUGGGUUGAAAAGUAUACCGAGAGUCAUGUCGAGAGGACGUUUGAAUUCAAAGGACUAUGCUAAGCCAGCGAAGCAGGGGGGCACAUCCUCGUACCAUCAGAAUCCUCAAGCUCCAGGGAUCUCGCUCGUACACCGACAAGUGCUAGCAAAUAAUGUGCCCCAGGUCGAGAGGGUUGACACCCCUCCGUCCGACAUGUUAUCUCCCACAAGACCAAACAUUUUGCUUGAUACUGAUACACGCACAUCCAUUGCGGAUACAAGGCGUGACCGGACACUGUCGGCUGUGAACGAGCUAUACGAACCUAGUCGCUCGCACAGUCAUGAUGAUAUAUUUCCUGCUCAUUUCCAUCGCGAUACUUCCCACCCAUUCCACCACUCUACCGACGCAAUUUCUGCACAUCCCUUCAACCGCUCCGUCGAAGCGAUUUCCAUUCCUCAUACCAUUCAUCUUUCGACCCAAGCCACUGCGACUCCCGUCCUUGUGGAGCCUCGGCCUGCAGAGGAUUUUGCAAAGAUGGAGUCUCCCAUCCGCCCCCCACCAGAGGAAUCCAUUGCCUCCCAAAUGGCGCGUAUUCGGCGAUUCGUGCGAGAUCUUGGCGGCCUUCCAUGGGUUUCUCCGGCUCGUAUCUCAAGUGAAUAUGUUCCUGGGCAGGGUAAUCGGAGGAGGAACAGCCGUCAGCGGUACUCCAAAGCGUCAAAGAGUUGGUAUACCCCGCGAAACAAGGGAACCUUGGACUUGCUUUCAGGCCCAUCGACUCCUUUAUCUUCAGGCCGUAUUCCACAUCAUGUUCAGAACUCGCCUGCUCCAGCUCCAAGACCGUAUGUCAUGAGCCCAAGUACCGCAAACCUCAUGUUCUCUAGACAGUUAUCUGGUGGGCGGUCCAGAUCGCCUUCUUCAGAUGGUGCUCCAUCGUCAGAUAGUACUAGCAACCCACAAUACUCCGGGCCAUUAUACCCAGCGUAUGUGGCCCAACCGUUAUUUGUCUAUCCUUCUGGGAUUCCAGCUCCUGGGAGUGGCCUAGAGACGCAACCACGACCGGUGUUUUUCACCACACCUGUUUCACCGCCAUUUGCGUCUCCUGAGAGGUCGCGGUCGCCUUUGCGGCACGAUGGAACACCGAGGACGCCUGUGUUGUGAUGAAGAUUGGUUUUUAUAUUUCGACCUCUUGUGCCAUAGUCACCCGUAAUACACGUCAGUCUUGGAGGGAGGCCCUGGGGAAUUCUCGAGCGUGUACUCUUUCAUCCCUUGCAUCGCACCGCACAAUGGCAGGGCAUUAAUGGUAGAACGAUCUCUCCGAUUUUUCACUGUUGGUCUGUUCGAGUUUAGCUCGAGUCUUGGGGAUGGUGAUGGUGUUGAAUAUGAUCAUUCAAUGACAGGGUUCGCGAUGAAAGUCCAGCAACGGCCGGAAAAUAUCUACCACUCAUCCAUAACGAUCCAGUGACUUCGUUAAACAGCAGAUACACUUAUACAGGCACUCGUAACAUACAGAAAUGUUGUCGACUGUUUAGAGACGUUUAGAAUCACACCGUGACGUACCCGGGCUGAA